UCAUCUAUCCUUCACUUGGACUGCAGAAGGCAAAACUACAGUCAAGAUGCCAAAAAAUGAGUCACAGUUUGCCAUCCUAGAAAGCUCUACUCCGUGGAAUCCUUUCGACAGACGCUUGACAUCCAUCGAACCAUGGAACUUUCAAUUCCUGACUGCCCUAAUGUCCCUGAUAACCACGCUUUCUAUCGUCGAGAACUUUAUUGUCAUUCUUGUUACUUUCAAAUUCAAACAACUGAGGCAACCUUUGAACUACAUCAUUGUAAACUUGUCCGUGGCAGACUUUUUAGUGUCGGUUAUUGGUGGCAGUGUCAGUAUUGCAACUAACAGCCAAGGCUAUUUUUUCUUAGGAUCGUGGGCAUGUGUCCUUGAAGGAUUUGCGGUGACCUUUUUUGGUAAGCGAAACAACUGUUACCUUGCGGUGAUUUAAACUUUAUACGGCUGCAGUUUUGUGCAAUAGGAAAAAAGUGUGCUCACAAUGACAAGGUUUAUUCACUCACAUAUUAUUGCAGCUAAAUACUAUAAUACUUUACACUUUCAAAGCAUUAUUUAGAGUAGUGGUCCCCAAACCAGUCUGCAUGGCUCACCAGCAAUCAAUUAUCUAUGUAUUUACCUCUUUUAUUCCAAUUGAGAUACUGACAAAACCUGGACUGUUGGUGGGUCUCAAGGACUGGUUUGGGAAACAAUGAUUUAGAUCAUCAUCUAACAAAUAACAUUGUAACAUCAUUGUAGAUCAUCAUCUAACAAAUAACAUUGUAACAUCAUUGUAGAUCAUCAUCUAACAAAUAACAUUGUAACAUCAUUGUAGAUCAUCAUCUAACAAGUAACAUUGUUUUAAUUUUGUCAAAUUACUUUUCUUCUUUCAAUUUGUAAACAUAAUAAACAACAUAGAACAAACAUACAUAAAGGGAAGAAAUAUAUUUUACUAACUAAAGUUCAGCCAUUGCCUGAGCUAUUUUUUUUAAUUUUGCAUGUGAGUGUACAGAGUCGCCAAAGUAUAACAUGACAUGUAUUCUCUUUUAAACAGAACAUUACAGCAGUGCUUUUAAACCAAUGUGCCACAACAAACUGUUGUGCCACAAGCCAUUACAAAGUCUACCAUGGCUACAUUGACUUCAGGACUGUAAUAUGCUGAAUGGAGUCCUUAAAUAUUUAUUGUUUUAAAGACGCAGGCAUUAACAUUGUGAUUCCCAUCUGAAAAUGAAUAUAUAGUUUACCAAGAAAUAUGCGUUAAAAUAAAGUAGUUUGGUUUUGUAAAUUGUUUUGUCGCUGAAGUGUAUUUUAGUCCAAGAAAGGCUGCGAAUCACUGCUUUGGAACAUUGUGGUACAUUAAUGGCACCAGCACCCAUAAAUGCUAUAAAACACACUUACCUGUGCUGUACUACCUUCCCAAUAAAAGGUAGAACUGUUAGAAAGGUACUUUUCCAUACAUUGAAUAUGCUGCUCUCUCUGGAAUUGCUUUUUCUAUUAUUGGCAUUUUCUCAACUUUAUACAUUCAUAUAAAAAAAAUUAUAUCUAUAUAUAUAUAAAAUGGUCUCUUUAAGAAGCUUUUUUUGCUGCUAUGCCAACGAAGGCAUUCAGUCUAUCACUACAUUCUCCAUUUUUAUAUGGCUAGAGAACUUGCAGAAAGAGGGAACAGUAUACAGGCUGACAAAAAAUGUGCAGCUUCGAAUCUCACAGAGCAACAUAAAAUCAUCCGUCUCAUGUAAAUUUGGGCAUAAAUUUACACCAUGUGGACGUUUCGUAUCAGACUCACUAUUACAUCAGUAUCCUGUUGUUGGUCCUGUGUUGUCACUAACCGAACCCAUUGGGAUGAACAUCCAAUGACUCCACUCACAGGUGCACUUGUAACCUAUGCAACUGUAUCUUGUUUGCGUGUGUGUACUGUUUCAUUUUUGUGCAUGGCGUAUAAUGCUCUAUUCAGAAAUGCAUGUUCUAGAUUGCCUGAUAUUUCGGGUCUUAAGCAAUAUGUUUUGGGGGUUGAGCAUCUCACCCUUCUACACACACCAUGUACCCUAGUAGACAUUACCAUAAUAAAGCAUCAAUUGGAGAGAAUACUCUGGAAGGAAUUAAAGCAGGGCUAUUGCCAAGAAAAUGUUUGUCAUAUAAAAAUGAGAGCAAAAGCCAUUGAUAUUGGGGUUCCUUGACACAGUGGUCGCUUUGGCGUGUAAGAUUUGAAGCUGUACUUAUCUGUGUAUAUUAAGUUCCUUGUACAUUUUGUAUAUUGAUAGUCUUAAUAGAAGCACCAAUAUUAAAAUGUACAUGUUCAGGGUAUACCCCAAAUUCCUUUUAAAGUACAGAUUAGAAUGACAUUUUCCCAACACAAUAUGAAUGAGGCAGCACAUGACAUGACCAAUGGGUCUAAGGUUCAGGAAUACCAAACUAACAUGUAUCAUGAUCUUAAAUCUAUAAUUCUAAAAGUAAAUGUUUAGCGUAGACAUAGCAGAGAUUUUGAAACCGCAUCUCUGAGUGGAAUGACUUUUUUUUUUAACCUUAAUUUUUUUGUUUAAAAAAAUGCACAACUAUUAAACAGAUAUCCUUGAGAUUUUCUGACCAAACCCCCACAUGGACAAGAAAGGUAAACAUUUGUACAUGGUAAUGCAAUAAUUAAUACAUUACAUAUUCACUGUGAUUACUUUAAACCCAAAGCAAUCAAUCCACAAGUAACAAGGUUAGUUACUGAAGAGAGAAUUCAGAGUUAAUUCACUUUGAAUUUCCAUUUAGUUAAAAUACCUGAAUUGGAAAAAUGAUUUAAUCUAGUUAUGGAAUUAAUUUGGCAACUUUGGCAUUAAAGUUGAAAUUCACUUUGAAUUCUCAGUUUAGUAAAUAACCCUAUUAGUCGCAGUAGUUUUCUUUAGCACCAUGGUCAGUUCAAACUACACAGUCAGUUUAACUAAAAGGAGUGCCUAUAAAGUAUGUCAGGGCUUAACUUGGAGAAAAAAGCAGGUGCACAAGGACUUUGGUAAUGCUUAAAUCAGGGGUGUCCAAAAGGUAGAUCCCCAGAUGUCUUAAAACUACAAUGUCCAUGAUGCUUUGUCAUUAUAAAAGCAUGCAAAGCAUUGUGGGAGCUGUAGUUCUAGAAGAUCUGGGGAUUUACUUUUUGGGUACCCCUGGCUUAAAUAGUAUUGUUGAUUCUUGCAGAAUUUUAACUGAAAAAAAUAUGUAUCUAAAAUAGAGUUUGUAGAUUAAAUUCUGUUUCCUUAUUUGUAAUGAGUGGUAUGCCUUGCUUAGUUGAAGCUGCAGAGAGAUUUAAGGCAUUUGGAGGUAGGAAUAGGAAACUGGAAACCUUGUUAAAUAUAAGCACUCUCUUUCUGACAUUGCAAUCUAUCUAUGCCAUUUUACAGAGCCCAUGUCCUACUAAGUGAAAAACUGCAUGCUGUCCUCACUGUAGGCAGUACACAUUGCAAAAUCACAUUUAUUUGAUUAUGUGUUAGAGACAUGCCAUGAUAAAAUCCUUCCAAAACAAAUUAGCGAGGUUAUUCUAUAUGCACAUAUCUGUUUAGAUAGUUCUUGCUGCUGGUGUUUGAUGAUACAAUCUGUUCCGUACUGUAACCUCUUGCAUAAUGUAAAACUUAUGCACAGAACCCUGUGCUCAAAAUCUCACUACUUUUGUGCAGCAGCAAUGGCUAUAGAAUUGAUCAGCCGAAUACAUAAAACAAAAUCAGUUUGCGGUUACCUGCACACUAUCCUAAAUUCCUGUGUGCACUUAAAUGUCAGCAGGUUUUAAGUAUCACUCCAAUGGCCAUUAAACUGUAAGCUCAACUGCCAUGUCAAGGCAAACAUCUUAUAUACGUCCUACACUAACAAUUCCCCUUGCUGCUUUUAGCUAAAAGGCAAAAUCUCUAAUAAGACAGAAAGGGAUAGCCUUAUAAUCUCUUACACACUUAUUAACCCUUAAUAGGAUAUAUUAUUAAGGGUUAAUAAGUGUUUAGGGGUUAAAAAGAAUGCCUCUUUCUGUCUCAUUAGUAAUGUACAAAUAAAUUAAUUUAAAAAAAAACAAAUUAAUUAAAUAUACACAUCUUGAUGGGGUUUCAAGUUAGUUACGUUGGGGGCAGGGUUGUCCUCCAGCUCACCUUAAUGCAGGUAGUUUAAGCAGCACAGUACAGUCUAGACUCCUAAUAUUAAAAAAAUUGUAUCAAAGUCUUAUUUACCGGACUAAGUUAUGUGAAUUAAAUUACCGUGAAUUUAUUGCAGUGCAACUCUGUAUAUACUCAUACCCACCAAUCUCCCAGAGAAAAGGGUCACAAUGACGAGAACCAAAAAGAGGGACUAUCACUCCUAAAUCAAGACACUUAGGUGGUGUGGGUUUCACCUGCUGAUCUUGAGCAGUACAACCCUAUCUGAAGAAAAUAUACUUUUUAUACUUUAUAGAACUUAUGUCAUCAGUAAAUUACGUUUAGAUAGUAUUCAUUGCUUUGACACAUUAAAACCAUUAUGGUUUCCUUUGCAACAAUUACACACAUUCUUUGGUGCUCUACGCUAUAGCCGGAGACAGGUUUAAUAUUUAGCAAGAUAGCCUACAUCCCUCUUCUUGUUGCCCCUCUAACAAGAGACCCUGUAAAAUGAGCAUUUCCCAUUGUUUUUAUUUGCCCACCUAACAUGGCCCCUCAAUUCUAGGAAGGAUAAUACAAAGGAAUUAAUCACUAUCACUUCAUUAAUCAAAGCCUGACGUUCAUUACGCUCCACCUCCUGCAUUAAGACAAGGGGAACAUUUGCUGUGUUAGUUUGUUGAGGAUAUGAUGAGGAUCUUGUCUGAAAUCAUAUGAGAAUUUUGACUUUGGACUGAAGCUAAGAGAAGAGUAAUGUUUGGGUGGGGGGAGUCUUCGGUGGCAUGUUUAUAACCAAAAGAGAGUUAUUGGUGGGUCAGCUGGCAUUUAUAUACUAUUGGAAGGGGUAAUAGAUAUGCGUAUUGGACCCUUUCAGGAUUGGUUUAAGUCUCCUAACCAGCCAUCCCUCACACAACCUGUAGUUUGUACAAUAGAAACUUCUGUUACGCAGUGUUGAAAAGACUAACAAAAAGUUGCUACACAGAGCUUAUUAUGGCUGCUCAAUUUUUUCUCCUGAUCUUUCCUUUUUCUCCUCAUCAUAUAUGCCCCCCCCCCCCGCCCUCUAGGCAUUCUCCCAUUUUGUUUUUCCCUAUCCCCUUUAUCUAUGCUCAAAUUUAAAAGGACACUACAGUCACCAGAACCACUACAGCCUUAUGUAUUUGUUCUGGUGUGUAUAAUAAGUCCCUGCGGGCUUUUUAAUGUAAACAUUGCCUUUUCUGAGAAAAGGUAGUGUUUACAUUGCUGCCUAGGGACUCCCCCAGUGGCAGUUCCUCAAAUGGCCACUGGAGGUGCUUCUUGGGUGAAUGCUGUACAAUGUGCUGCACUGACGUUGAGCAUCUCCUUACUCUGCAUGUAGACGCUGAACGUUCCCCAUUGUGCAGUGCGGAUUGGCUGUUUAAUGAUCUUAGCCAUGGAGGCUCGUCCAGCGUGGCAUGGGAGAAAAGUUGAGGAAAGCCAUCUUUUCAGCAUGAUCGGAGUGGGGCUGGGGACCUAAACAGCCAUUUCAUGACUACAGUGUCAGGAAUACAUGUCUAUAUUUCUUUAAUAUUCUGUCCUAUUUGCUUUCCACUCUUAUAUAUGCUUCCCUUUUACUUUACUUUUCCUUCUUUUCGUGUUACCCCAUUUCAUGUUCUCCCUGUUCAUGUCUGCUCUCUAUAGAAUCUUCUACCCUUUCUAUAAUCUCCCCUUAUGUUUGCUCUCAGAGAUUUACUGUGUGUGCGUGCGCCUGUACAGAAUCCCCUAUGGUACAAACAUAAUAAGCAACUUCUUUGUAUACAAAGGUUAUGUCAUUUUAAUUCUGACACCAAAAGGAAUUUCGAUUUAAUAAUUUUGGAUACGCAUUUCACAUGAUCACAAUUUCAAAUUAUUUAUCUACAAAUAUUAGCAAAGACAUUAAAGGUAACUACUAUAAAUAAAUUAUUUGGAAGGAUUCUCUAACAGAUUGUGAUCACCCGAAAAGCCUAUUCUAAAACUAUUAAACUGAGUCUAUAGUUCGGAAAUUUAUAUCUGUGGCAUGUACAACCCUGAUCUUAAACUGGAGACAUUUCAUUGAGAAAUGUCCAGAAAAAAAUGAAUUAUUGUGAAUGAUUAGGACUCUACUAGAAUCGAGUAAGAAUAGUACAAAUACAUAACACAUUUUACCUCUAAUAGCGGACUUGUAGGUCAUGAAUUAUAACAGGGCAUUCAGUGGCCACUGGAAAGAAUAUAGAGGACACACAAGCCCAUGUAACAAAAUUACACAUGGAUUAAACCUGUGCAGCUAUCUGGGUCAGAUUGUGACUGGUUUCUUUGGAACCAAAGUAAAAUCUCUUUUCCCUGGGGUCUAAUAGGGAUUCGGAAAGCAGGGAGCUUGUCUAUUCUGGUGGUGGCUUUUCUGAAUAAAGGACACAUGUCCAUACAAUGCCAUCUCCUGGAAUCUUCUGUAAUUAACUAAAAAGCAGAAAAGCAAACGAGAAAAGGAAGAAACACGGUACCUAAUGCUCUGGAUCUUUGCUAGAACAUCGAGCACACCAGAUCACACUUAUACUUUGAGUUUUCACAGUACAAAAACUACCGAUUUUGGAGACAGACAGCAAUCAAACUGAGGUUCACACCUAUUGUUAGAUACGUAGACUCUAAUGCUGUGAUGGUCAUCUCAACAUGUGACUUCAGAAGGAAAUAAAUCCAAGGAAAAUUCAAGGGAAGAGAGAAUUUAAGUGUCACUGACAUGAUGGCGGCCUUGUGCCACAUAUCUGCAUUGGCAUAAUGUUUGCAACACAUUUUGUAGUAAAUGAUAUCCACUGAACAUCUAAAUAAAGGAACACUCCAAGCAUUGUAAUUAUUGUAAUUGAUACAGCCCUCUGUAGUGGUUAUAGUACAAAGAGUUCCCUAGGUCAUCUCAUGGUAAGUCCCCAAGUAAGUGCCAAACCACUGAAAAAUAAUUUGACUACUUAUUUAUUGUAUUAUUGUGCCAGGGACCUCCUACCACCAUAACCCCUACAGCUGGCUGUAGUGAUUCUGUGCUUAGAGUGCUACCUUAAGGCCGCGAAAUCAUCAGGGCGUUGUGGCUUGGCGAUUUACUUUCCAGUUAUCCCUGCAUUAAGAGAUCAAACAACGAUGAAAGACAAAGCAUUUUAAUAAAAAAAAAUCAAAAAUGAUAUUUUACAUUGUGACAUGCAGGUAUUGGCUUUUGUGAGACAGUAUUACUCUACAGACAGCAUGGAAGAGGUUUAAAACAGGCUUGAAGUUGAAACAGGUUAAAACAGUAAAUAAUUUGAAGAAUCCACAGUCUAAGACUUUUUUUUUUGCAGUAUAGUUUUUAUUAAGCAUUUUCUAAAAUAGGGUACGAAACAGCAUGACAACAGUGUGAUGAAUAAUAUGAGGAAUUAAUAAUACGAGGAGCGCAAACUCUCUAGAAAAAACAAAAAAACGUGGACAUAAUAAUUAGAGAGAAAAAUAAGCAUCGAGCAACAGGGUAUACUGUCUAAGACUUUUUAACAAGGAGACUGGAUGGGUUGAUCGUUUUGUUUAUCUGACAACUUUCUAUAUUUUUACAUUUACAGAUAAUCAGUUCAUUUUGAAAAAUCUUCCGAAAUACGUUUUUAAUAACCAAAGUUUCCCAGAGGAUGGCUAAAACUUCAGCAGGAUUAUUAUUCUGAAAUGAGUGGCGUUUUGUAGUUUUUGUUAAUUUCAGACUGAUCCUACAGAGACGACGCUACAGUAAAACAGAAUUAUGAUUUAUCAUGAUAGUGAUGACCUUUUUGAGAUUCUUUACUGAACAUGAAUUGUAACACGUAAAAAUCUGAAAUGAAAAUUCAAUUGUUAUUUACUGGAGUUACUUACUAAAUCGCUUAUGCACUAAAGCAAAAAUUGCUGAAAAUUGAAAGUGAAUUUCAAAACUUGAAUACCUGAAUUUGGGAAUACACCUGCAAGGCAAAAAGCUGAUUUGGAAACUCAACUAUAAUCACAGUUUAGCAAUUCAUGUUUUUCAGUUUGCUACAACAGUUUUUUUAAAUGUUUAUAUUAUGUGUAUGGUUAAAAUCAAAAUACAAUGACCUGUUGUCUUGAAUGCCUGUCUAAAUUGUAUCUGUUUUAUUGUUUCAUAACAUCUUAAGGAAUUGUAGCUUUGUGGUCGCUGACUAUCUUGGCUUUUGAGAGAUACGUGGUGAUAUGCAAACCUCUUGGAAAUCUGCGUCUUCGCGGGAAGCAUUCGGCGAUUGGUAUUUUGUUUGUAUGGAUCUUCUCGUUCAUUUGGACAAUCCCACCAAUUAUGGGUUGGAGUAGUUAUACCACAAGUAAAAUUGGCACAACUUGUGAACCCAACUGGUAAGCGGUUUAUGUUACACCUUAAUGAUUCAAGAGCAGGACGCUAUAAAUUCUGAUAUAAACGUGUUAUGUGUUGUUCGAAAUUAUGAUCAACAUAGAUAAAUUUGAGCAUAAUUUAAAACAUUCCUUUAACCUUACAUGGCUAAGUCCCAUAAUUAUGAAAUUAGUCUACUUAACUCUUUGGCAGAACCUUAUGGGAUGGUAAGUUCUAAAAUUAAAUGAAAAAAACCCCAGUCUGAAGCACUUCCAAUUUUGCAAGAAAACAGGAAAAAAUUCUUCUUAACCCUAGAAUGGAAGUCAGAUAUCUCAUUGGAUCAAGAAGCUAUUACCCCACUAAUUAAAUUUUUUAUCCCAGUAUAUUAUGUUUAGCAAGUAUUUAUCCAGUUGCUGUUUAAACAUCUGUAUUAGACUCUAAAAAAACACCUCUUCAGAAAGAGUAUUCCACAUCCUUAUUGUUAUUACUGUAAAACCCUUUCCUUUGCCUUAGAGUAAAUCUCCUUUCCUCCAGUCGAAAUACGUGACCUCAUGUUUUAUGUAUAGUCUUGUUUAUGAGCUGGAACUUGCUUUGCUAAAUGCCAGUUUCAUGCAUCUCAUGCCAAUGUCACCUAAUAUGACUAUUAUUAGAUUUUUUUUAUUGCACUGUGAGCUGGUAAUAGAUGUAAUUAACGGCGCCCGCAAGUAGAAGAAAAACCGCUGUUUAGUUAACCUUCCCCUUUCGCAAUAUCAGUAACUCCGUUCGCAUAUGCUGCAGUAUACGAACCACCAUCAGGGGAAGCGGUAGUCUCCCAACCGGGAUCCAUGAAAGGCUCCAAACUCCCGAACAGAAAUCCACAAACCGCCGCUAACCGCCGAACAAAGAUAUCCACCAAGCGGCUUUCGGUUCCAAUAAUCAGUCUCUAGGCGUAAAUAAUAAAUCCCCCCAAUAACGAGACAGAAGCAUUGAGGGUCAAACAGGAUCUGGCUUUACUGUGGGCUACCACGGUAGUCUACAACUACCGAACAUUUCACAUUCGUAUCACACAUCUCCAGAUAGCCUGGAUCUGAGGGCAUAUUAUUAGCGAAUAGCCUCAGAUCCCACACACAAAGUUCAAUCGCCAUGGAGUCAAAGUUCUUACAGUCUUUCGGUAUGCGAUUGACUCCAUGGGAAGGCUAUCUGAGUUAAGGCUUUUCGUGUGAUUCCAAAUUCCCGAACGUCUGGUGUUUGCAUGCUUUCGUCGAUGGAGUAGGGCGACCCGUUGUUUCAGCGGUGUUCGGCAGAAAAAGUGUUCCAUGAAAUCAGUGCCGAACACCGCUGGUCUUUCGUGUGUUUUAAAAUGGCCGCUGCCUCGUGGUCGACAUACGAACGACGGCCACCCUGAAUUCGGUUUAAUUGAGAAGUGUCUGCGGUUAACCACAACGUUCUAAUUGGGAUCAAGAGGUUAACCAGCAGCACACUUCUAUCCUGGGUUGCCAUCCGUUCGGUAGAUUUGAGUCAUUCGUAUGGCUGGGCUAUAGAAACAGCCAUUUACAUGAACGAGGGCAGAAAUAAACAAAUCCACCACAAUAAACAGACAGAUGGUUCUGUCACACGGCUCCCUCCUUGUGGGACACUCCGGCAGACCUGGCUUGACCCUUUGGCAGGUCAACUUGGGGAUGACCGGACUAGGAGGUGGUGGAAAUGUCAGUUGGCCGGGAUAACCCAUCUGCAUUCCCGUUCUGCUUACCGGGUCUGAAGCUGAUAGUGAAAUUGUAGGGCUGUAGUGCCAAACUCCACCUCAGUAGUCUACCAUUGUCCCCUGAGACCCGGUUAAGCCAGACGAGUGAGUUAUGAUCAGUCACAAGGGAAAACUCUCGCCCGUAUAAGUAGGGACUUAACUUCUUCAAUGCCCAGACCAAGGCUAAACACUCCUUCUCCACUGCCGCAUAACUCACUUCUCUGGGUAACAACUUUCGGCUGAGAUAUGCGACAGGGUGCUCUCCUCCAUCCUCCCCGACUUGGCUCAGCACAGCCCCCAGUCCAUACAUGGAAGUAUCUGUGUGAACGAGAAAACGUUUGUUAGGGACUGGGGCAGCCAAGACGGGAAUUCACAAGAGCCUGUUUCAGUGCCUGGAAUGCAGCUUCACAAGCCGGAGACCACAGGACCUGCUUAGGCAAGUUCUUCUUCGUCAGGUCUGUCAGGGGCUUAGCAAUAGUGCUAUCAGGGACAAAAUGUCGGUAGUACCCUGCCGUCCCCAAGAAGGUCAAUACCUGGGUCUUAGGGGUAGGUGUGGGCCAGUUAGCCACUGCCUCGACCUUGGCUGGCUCUGGUCUCUGGCUCCCACAUCCCACUCUGUGACCCAGGUACUGUACUUCAGCCAUACCUAGAUGGCACUUCUCUGGCUUCAAUGUCAGGCCAGCGGCCCAAAUCUUAUCCAGUACCACCCCUACAUGAACCAGGUGUUCCUCCCAGGACCCACUGUAAAUCGCAAUGUCGUCCAAGUAUGCAAAGGCAAAUUCUUGGAAGCCAUCCAGGAGUCUAUCCACCAUCUGUUGGAAGAUAGCCGGGGCAUUCUUCAUCCCAAAAGACAUGACCUUAAAUUGGUACAGGCCAAAUGGGGUGACGAAUGCCGACUUGGGGAUAGCAUCCUCGGCAAGGGGUAUCUGCCAGUAGCCCUUACACAGGUCUAUGGUGAUCAGGUAGCACCCCCCUGGCAAUACGAUCUAGUAAUUCGUCUACCCGGGGCAUCGGGUAGGCGUCAGUGGUGGUCCGCUCGUUGAGUCGCCUGUAAUCUACACCCCAUCCUUCUUGGGCACCAGGACUACAGGCGAGGCCCAAGGGCUGUCGGAGGGCUCGAUGACCCCAAGCUAGGUCAUCUCCUGUAUCUCCUUCCGCAUUCCUUCUCGGACUGCUUCAGGGAUACGAUAUGGCGGCUGUCGUAAGGGGGUCUGUCCAGGGGUCUCAACAUUAUGUACAGCUAGGGUAGUAUAACCUGGCUCCUGAGAGAACAUCGCCUGCUUCUCCCACAACAGCUGUUUCGCCUGUACCCUUUCUGUGGGGUUUAACCUGUCCCCUAGCUGUACAAGGUUAGUGAGGUCAGUCUGGGGGUCCCUUUCUAACAAGUCAGGAAGGGGUAAAUUCUCAGGAUCAUCUGCAGCCGGGGAACAUACUGCUGCAAUAUUCUCAGGUCUCUCCUGGUACUCCUUCAGCAUGUUCACAUGAAAGGAUCUCUGAACCCUUUCAUCUGUACAGCUGGCUAUCAAGUAAGUAGUAUCGCAGAUCUGCGCUACUACUCGGUACGGGCCCUGCCAAGAUGCUUGCAUCUUGUUUGCCUUCACAGGUUUAAGCACCAAUACUUUCUGCCCAACCUGGAAGACCCGCUGUCGGGCACCCUGAUCGUACCACCUCUUCUGUCUCCCCUGGGCCGCCUGGAGAUUCUCCCUUACCAUCAGGGAUAGUUUCUCCAUGCGGUCCCGGAGUUCCAGGACAUAUGGCAUGAUGGGGGUCCCCUCCUGCUCCGUCUCCCCCUCCCAGUGGCCCCGAAUGAGAUCUAGGGGUCCGUGGACCCUUCUCCCAAAGAGCAACUCAAAGGGGGAGAACCCAGUAGAUUCCUGUGGCACCUCUCUGUAAGAAAACAACAGAUGAGGCAGGAACCUCUCCCAGUCUCUGCAAGUAUCUGUAAAGGUCCUCAGCAUCUGCUUGAGGGUACCGUUAAAGCGCUCGCAGAGACCGUUAGUUUGUGGAUGGUAAGGUGAGCUAAGCAACGGUUUAAUGCCACAUACCUUCCACAGUUGCUGAGUGAGUAGCCUCUGGGUAGCGUGUGGCAUAGUCCACCACAGUAAAAAUGUAUUUCUUACCGGAUGGACUAGCUCUGGCCAGUGGACCCACAAUGUCAACAGCUAUGCGGGAAAAGGGCUCCCCUAUAAUAGGCAUUGAUAAUAACCUAGCCUUAGGGUGGUCCCCCCGCUUUCCUACCCGUUGACAUGUGUCUCACGUACUGCAAUACAUCCGCACAGCCUGGUUAAAGUUGGGCCAAAAUAAAUUCUGUGAGAUCCUAUAGGCUGCACGGCGGGACCCUAGAUGUCCAGCUAAUGAACAUCAUGUCCUAUCUGCAGAAUCUCCUGACGGUACUUUGCAGGUACCACUAGCUGUCUAUUCGGUGGAGGGGCUACACUCUUCUGGGAAGGCUUCGGGAUCCUAUAUAACCUGUCCCCCACCCACUCAUACCGCUCUCCAUCUACUCCUUCCUCUCCAGCCUCUGCUCUAUCUCGGUACUUCUGGAGAGUCGGGUCCGCCCAGGUUUCCCUCCCAAACUCCUCUGGGAAUCCCAGCUUAAGGGGACCUGAUCUAGGGUACCAGUCGGGGAAGAAGGUCUUACCUGGGUCUCAUCAGCAGGCGAGCCGGUUCCAGAAGCACGGGUCUGAGCACGAGUAGUCACUGGGUUAGCGUCAGCAGGGCCCAUCAGGGCAUAAGCAGAAACCAAAGGGGCUAAAUCAUUCCCAAGAAGAACAUCAGCGGGCAAGUCUUUCAUAACCCCCACAUCCACAUGUCUAGCGCUCACUCCCCAAUCCAAAUGGACCCGGGCAACAGGUAAGCGGAACACGGCGCCUCCUGCUACCCUCACUGCCACAGUGUCUCCAGUGUGCUGGUGUUCCGAGACUAGGUUCUUUUGGAGCAGUGUCAUAGUGGCUCCUGUGUCUCUCAGACCGUUCACCACUCUGCCAUUCAGCUUCACAGUCUGCCGAUGUUGCUGACGAUUGUCCUGAUGAGCUGCUUGCUCUGGGUCGGCCUCGUGCAGUAUGCCCCAGAAUUCCUCCUGCUCGAUACAGUGAGCAGCAGGCUGAGGUGGCCAUUGAUUCCCGCUGGCUGGUUUCCUCCAGGACUGAGCUUGAUUAGCGCCGUUCAGUGGGCACUCGGGUCGCUUGUGCCCCAACUGUUUGCACCCAAAGCACCUAAUGGGCUGCAAAUAAUCCUGGGCAUUGAACCGGGAGGGUUGCGGGUAAUUGUUUGCUGGCGGUACUGCUGGAGUGCGGUGUACUGGGGGUUGGUAUGCUGUUGGUGCUGGGGUUGCUGUCGGUCGGUACUCCAUCCUGGCAGGAACCUUGGUAGCUGUACUGUCCAAUUUGUGGGCUUCUGUAUAUUCGUCUGCCAGGUAGGGUAGAUGGUUUCCUAUCUCUGACCCACUCCCUGACCCCAGCAGGUAGUCUGUCGAAGCAGUGUUCGAGCAAGAACACCUGCAGCACCUCUUCCCCAGUUACCGCUUGGCAUCCAGCCAUCCAGUGGGCUGCAGUGCGGUGGACUCUGCAGGCCCACUCUACAUAGGAGUCGCCAACCUGUUUGUUAGUCUCUCUAAAUCAUCGCCUGUAUGCUUCUGGGGUCACCGCAUACCUGGCCAAGAGCACAUCUUUCACCGCUCGGUAGCUGGUGAUCUCCUCCUCUUAGAUUGCCCGAAAUGCUUCACUAGCCCGGCCUGAUAAUUUCCCAGAGAGGAUGCUGACCCAUUCGUCUGCGGGUACCUGGUGUAGGGCACACUGCCUUUUAAAGUCAGCCAGGAACCCGUCAAUCUCUCCCUCUGUUUCAACAAAAUCUUUAAACGCAGCAAAGGGUACCUUUUUCCUUCCAAAAUUGUUAUUGGGUACCUCUGCUGCUGCAGCUCCUCUUUCCCGGAGCGCCUGGUGUGCCAUUACUGCUGCCUGCACACGUUCUACAAUGUCCGCUGAGGGGUUGGGGCCAAAGUGUGCCAGCCUUAUCUGGACUGCCCGUUAAAUUGUAUUUCCUCGGGUGUUAAAUCCAAAAUGCUGGGCACAUUAGCUCUCUCCGUUCCCUGUGCUGCAUCCAUCUCCAGUAGCAAAGCAAUAAUUUCUCUCUUUUUCAAAUUGCUUGCUGACCGUCCUCGGCGUUCAAGUAUGUCCUUAAGGGUAGCACGCCUUAAUUCUUCAUACUGCAUUUCCUCCACCAAACUGGGAUGUGUAGCUGACCUUCAGUGCUGUGGGAUUCAUCCCGUCGCUUGUCACCAAUUGUUAAGACACCCCUGGUGUCUUUAAGAGAAACCGCCAUUUAGUUAACCUUCCCCUUUCGCAAUAUCAGUAACUCCGUUCGCAUAUGCUGCAGUAUAUGAACCACCAUCAGGGGAAGUGGUAAUCUCCCGACCAGGAUCCGUGAAAGGCUCCAAACUCCCGAACAGAAAUCCACGAACCGCCGCUAACCGCCGAACAAAGAUAUCCACCAAGCGGCUUUCGGUUCCAAUAAUCAGUCUCUGGGCGUAAAUAAUAAAUCCCCCCAAUAACGAGACAGAAGCUCCGCAUUGAGGGUCAAACAGGAUCUGGCUUUACUGUGGGCUACCCGCCCGUAUUUAUGCAGGUCUCUCACUUGGUGGACACUCCCCUAGGGGACCAAAUGGGAGACUGUAAUGACAGAUAGACAUGGGGACAUUUCAGACAUACAGAUGUAAACUUUUCCCACAAUGCAAUAUGGUUUCCUCCCCUCUGCCCUGGAGAUAAUUGAGAAGUAAUUCAAUAAUCUCCAGGACAAAGAUAAAUCACCAUCUUAAAUAAAAUGCCAGAAAACACACAAAAAUAUAUAACUCUACAACUACCGAACAUUUCACAUUCGUAUCACACAUCCCCAGAUAGCCUGGAUCUGAGGGCAUAUUAUUAGCGAAUAGCGCUCAGAUCCCACACACAUAGUUCAAUCGCCAUGGAGUCAAAGUUCUUACAGUCUUUCGGUAUGCGAUUGACUCCAUGGGAAGGCUAUCUGGGUUAAGGCUUUUCGUGUGAUUCCAAAUUCCCGAACGGCUGGUGUUCACAUGCUUUCGUCGAUGGAGUAGGGCGACCCGUUGUUUCAGCGGUGUUCGGCAGAAAAAGUGUCAGUUUUUAGUUCCAUGAAAUCAGUGCCGAACACCGCUGGUCUUUCGUGUGUUUUAAAAUGGCCGCUGCGACAUACGAACGACGGCCACCCUGAAUUCGGUUUAAUUGAGAAGUGUCUGCGGUUAACCACAACGUUCUAAUUGGGAUCAAGAGGUUAACCAGCAGCACACUUCUAUCCUGGGUGGCCAUCCGUUCGGUAGAUUUCUUCGGUAAAAAAGAGUCAUUCGUAUGGCUGGGCUAUAGAAACAGCCAUUUACACGAAGGAGGGCAGAAAUAAACGAAUCCACCACAAUAAACAGACAGAUGGUUCUGUCACAGAAGCCUUUUGCAGUCUGUGUGCAUUGCUUGCCUGCACAGUCUAAUCACGUUCCACCAAUUAAAAUAUUUUGACUCCCUCCCUAAUGACAGCCCUCUCUCUCCACUCUCCCCUAAAUCUGCCUCAUUCCCUAAUUCUGUCUCCUUAUCUUAUAUUCUAUAUAUCCCUUCCACUUUGCCGCCCUGCACCCUCAAAUGGGAUAUCAAUGCUUCAGAUAGAAAAGCAUUGUAUAAAGUGCUUUUCUAUCAGAAAAACUUGCAUGGCACAUUUGUUGCACUUGCCGCACAUGCGCCAGUGGUCUAUCAAUGCUAUCAGAAGCAUUUGGUUGGACUGCAACCUAGAAGAAGGUAAAACAAAGGAGCAGUGGUAAUGAUUGAGGAGAAUUAGGCUUAAAAUGGGAGGGUGGGGGGGAGGGGGGGGAGAGUUAAGAACUAGCUGGGGAAACCCUUUAACUGAUUAUCUGUUUUUUGUUACAAGUUGCCAUCUUACUCUCUCAAAUCUCACUCUCCGCUUUCACCACAGUUCAAUAUUCACCUUAUUGAUUCAGUCCAACUGUUAACUGGCUACUAGGAUGUCGAGCCCAGAAGGUUUGCUUUUAAUAUGAGGAUGAAAUUGGUUAAAGGGACACUAUAGGCAGCCAGACCACUUUAGCUCAUUUAAGUGGUCAGGUGCCCUAUCUCUAUUGCACUUAGUGCUGUAAUGUUAAACUGCAAUGUUUGCAUUGCAGCAAUAAGUCUGCCUCCAGGGGCUGUCUACUAGAAAGCCACUGGAGGCACUUCCUGCAUCCAAAUGGACCUUAAGUCCGGUAUUUGACGCUGGACACCCAGAGUCAGAUUUUUUCCCAUAAGAAAGCAUCGCAUUAGCGCCCACUUUUCGCGGGAAGUCGAGGACAUCGGCGCUGGGUAGGGUAAAUAAAUAAAGGGUUUUUACCUCUUUACUCACUCAGACGGGGGGAUGGAGGUGCGAGGGAGGGAGGAGACAGAGGGAGCUAUAGUGACAGGAAUUCAGCUUUGUAUUCCUGGCACUUAUAGUAUCCCUUUAAGUUAGAUAUUGUGCUUUGGGGUUGUAGGCUUUAUGGCUAAAAUUUAGAGGAGUGAGAGGCACAUCUUAGCAAUCUAGAAAGCAUGAAUCCCUACUAUAAUUAUUUUCAGCUAGACAUAGAUAGAAGUGAGAUAUUAAAAAAAAAAAUGAGUAGAUAACAUAAAAAGUAUCACACAGGAAUCUUCGAUGUAUGAGUAUAAUACUUUAUAUGUUAUAUAAUAUUACAGGGGACUUUUACUUUUAAAAGUAAAACUGCUAUUUAUCCAGACAGAAGGUUGAUCAUCCCUUGGUUAAGUGCUUUAUAAAAGUUGACCUUGACUACACAGAGGUGGCCAUUGACAUCUACCAACACACUGGUCAAGAAAUACCAGGCAUUACUGCUGCAGACAUUAAUAAGUAUGAGUUGAACAGACAUUGCUGGCCUCAUUGAUCAUUUCUGUGUUUCCAUUUCCAAUACAGAGCUACAGAAAAUAAUAUUAUCUAUAAAAAUAUUAUCCCCCUCUCUCUCUCUCACCCUCACUGUACAUUUUAUCUUAGAAGGAACACAUAUUCCAAUUAAUGUCCAUGUAUCUUGUUGUUUUUUUUGUUUUUGUUUUUUAAUAAGAAAGUAUAAUAAUUAUUAUAAGUAUUUAUUAUAUCUGACGUCAAAACAAAACAAAAAAAUAUUUCAGGUAAAAUAGCCAAUUUUUAAAAACAUUCUAUUCCAUUUAUUUUUUUCCAGCUUAGCUUAAGAUUUUAUACUUGGUCAUUUUUUCCAAAGCAGCUAAGAUAAUAAUAUUUAUAUAUGUAUAUAUAUAUAUAUAUUAUGUGUGUGCUUUUUUGUUUUUUUAAUUUAAACAUAUUCUGUUCCGCACAUAAAGCGUUAGUGCAAUAAACAUUAAUAAUUCAAAAUAACAGCCUGGCAAAGACAUGACAAAACAUAGUGGGUCAGGAAGGGUCAUAUCUCAGGGGAAAUAGAAUUUCCUGCUUGUUCAUGAAAAUACUAAUGGAAUGAAUUAAUAGAAAGUAAAAAAAGGUUUGGAACUAAUAUACAGCUAUCUUCAAAAUAAUAGAAUGCCAUAGAUCGAGACUUUAAGUUAGACAAAAAAAACCCCCAUCAGUUUAGAACAGAAAGAAUUGUAUUACUGAGGGCAUGACAGUUCAAUUUAUACAGUAUUACAGAAAAAAAAUAGGAUGAAGGAGAUAGUUUUAUUGUGUGUGUGUCAUGGUCUAAUACAUUAAAAUUUGAUUUUAAGACAAUUUAAACCACAUUAAAAACCACAAGGUGUCUUAUAUUUUAUGAAGUACAACUUGAUUCACAAAUUCAAAGACAACAUGAAACAAUUGAGUGAAAACACGCACAUUUUUCCACAAUUCGCCAGAAAAUUUUCAGUGACAUCGUACGUAAGAGGAUACUUUAUAUCAGGGGUGUCCAAAAGGUAGAUCCCCAGAUGCUUUCAAACUACAGCUUCCAUGAUGCUUAAAGGGACACUGUAGGCACCCAGACCACUUCAGCUCAUUGAAGUGGUCUGGGUGCAAUGUCCCAUGUCCCUUAACCCUGCAGUGGUAAUUAUUGCAGUUUCUGAGAUACUGCAAUAAUUACCUGCUAGGGUUAACUCCUCCUUUAGCAGCUGUCUACCAGGGUGCUUAGACAACUUUUGGUCGCCUAAAUUAUGCUGGAUGUCCUAACACUAUGCAUGAGGACUUCCAGCAUCAUCGGAAUCCCCGUAGGAAAUCAUUGUAUCCUGUUGGGAAAUCCUAACGCAAGCUCGACCAUUGCCGCCCAUACGUAUUAGGUCUCCCCCGCUGGCUGAUGUCGGCAGGGGGAGGCGCGCAGGAGGAUCCUGACCCAGCGCCGAAGGACAUUGGCCCUGGAUUAAGGUAAGUGACUGAAAGUUUUAACCCCUACGGCGCUGUGGGAGGGGGGCUAGAGGGGCACUGUAGGAACCUAUAAUUUAAGGAAAACUGCUUUGUUUUCCCGGCACUAUAGAAUUCCUUUAAUCAUUCUAAAGCCAUGUAAAGCAUCAUGGAAGUCGUAGUUCUACAACAUUUGGGGAUCUACCUUUUGGGCAUUCCUUCUUUAGAUACUUAUAAAGAGAGAACUUCUCUCAAAAUAGUUGAGGGUUUAAUAUUUGAACAGUGAGCGGUGGUUAAAUUAUAUUCAGAGCAUAGAAUUAAAGCAUAACUCUCAUUAAAAAAAUAUAACAUAUUACUAUAAACAUUAUGUUAUAAUAUAUCAUCUCUUAUAUUUUUGAAUUCCUUUGUGAUGCAUUUUUAAAAAGUAAUUCAUUGCCCAUCUUCACAGUACCCUAUAGCGGCAACCAUUUUCAUGCACCUUUUGUCACACUGUCAGUCAGGGCCGCCAUCAGGGCAUGACAACCGUGACCCGGGCCCCACGUGUAUCAGCGGAACUGCCGCUGAUGGGGCCCAUCAGGUGAUAGGACCACCCAAUGGGCCCAAUGGGCCCCUAAAUAAAAACGGGCCCCUUACAAAAAAUGCAGCCGGAUGCAAGUGCUGCUGGGAGGAAGUGACAUCCGGUCACUUCCUCCCACUUUACUCCGCGCGGGAAGGAGGACGCAGCUGACGCCCAUAAUCCCCAGCCACCCUCCAGCGACGAAAUGGUAAGGAAGAGAGGAGGGUGGCUGAAAAUGAGGUGUAUGUGUGUAUGCCAGUGUAUGUGUAUGUAUGCCAGUGUAUGUGUAUGCCAGUGUAUGUGUAUGCCAGUGCAUGUGUAUGUGUAUGCCAGUGUAUGUGAAUGCCAGUGUAUGUGUAUGUGUAUGCCAGUGUAUGUGUAUGUAUGCCAGUGUAUGUGUGUAUGCCAGUGUAUGCCAGUGUAUGUGUGUAUGUAUGCCAGUGUAUGUGUGUAUGCCAGUGUAUGUGUGUAUGCCAGUGUAUGUGUAUGCCAGUGUAUGUGUAUGUAUGCCAGUGCAUGUAUGCCAGUGUAUGUGUGUAUGUAUGCCAGUGCAUGUAUGCCAGUGCGUGUAUGCCAGUGUAUGUGUGUAUGUAUGCUAGUGUAUGUGUGUAUGGCAGUGUAUGUGUGUGUGUGUAUGGCAGUGUAUGUGUGUAGGUAUGCCAGUGUAUGUGUGUAUGCCAGUGUACGUGUGUGUGUAUGCCAGUGUAUGUGUGUGUGUGUAUGUAUGCCUGUCAGUAUGUAUGUAUGUAUAUAUCAGUAUGCAGUAUGUGUAAUGUACAUGUAUGUUUGUCAGUAGGUAUGUCUGCAUGUUUAUGUGUGUGUGUGUCAGUACCUCCCUAUGCACGUGUGUGUGUCUGUUUCCGUAUUUGUAUCUGUUAGUUUGUGUGUAUUCCUGUGGGUGCGAUUUGGAGGCAGGCUUGAAGGGGGGCCCAGACCUUGAGCUAUGUUAGGGGCCCCAAAAUUUCUGAUGGCGGCCCUGCUGUCAGUUAUCCUAGCUAAUUCUCACUAUUUGGCAAACGUGCUUUGCUUUUCAAAAUCAUGUACUCUUUCUGCCUGCAGUAUUCUCUAUCAGACACUUUUGAAAUUGUUGCAAAAUACUGUUACAAAAUAGUGAGAAUUGGCCAGGAUAACUGACAAUCUGACACAAUGCCCAAACCUAGACAUUCUUUUUACAUACUGUUGCCAUUUUAGUAAACACUUAUAAAUACCAGCAGUAAUACCUUCAAGGUAGUGAGUUCAGGAGCUAGUUCACUAUAAUAUGGCUUGGUUGACAAUAUAAUAGUUGUAUCCGUUUCUAGGAUAACCAGUAUUGACGGAAAAAAAUAUGUAUGGUGUGUAUACCUUUAAAUCUGCUAAAGGCAGAUUUUGUCUGUUACACACCAAAAUACUCUGCUUAAAUAUAAAGCAACUUGAUAGUUACAGAUUCACAACAGCAAAAAUGUGAUCUGCACGGGGUUUAGAAUACACACAAAAUAUUAUAAUGGAUAUAUCUUAAAAUCAUAAGGUAGCACACUAAAUGGUGCAAAUAGGCAAUAUAUAACUUGUGUCACAGAGAUAUAGAAUUAUCUUUAUCUCUAUAUAUAGAAACAAGUGAAUGCAAGUAAGUUAAAAAAUUCCAAAAAACCACUGAAAAAUAUAUAAAAUAAAAAUGUAUAUUUAUUAAUAUUAAAAAUAUACAUUUUUAUUUUAUAUAUUUUUCAGUGGUUUUUUGGAAUUUUUUAACUUACUUGCAUUCACUUGGUGUGUAACAGACAAAAUCUGCCUUUAGCAGUUUUAAAGGUAUACACACCAUACAUAUAUUUUUUUCCGUCAAUACUGGUUAUCCUAGAAACGGAUACAACUAUUAUAUUGUCAACCAAGCCAUAUUAUAGUGAACUAGCUCCUGAACUCACUACCUUGAAGGUAUUACUGUCUCUUAUUCCUUUGGACAGGUUUGGGUGUAUCCCUGUCCUGGUUCAGUAUUGAGCUAUCCACUCUGAGUCGGACUCCCUCAUCCCUGUGUGUUGCACUAGGCAGACCAGAUUUUACUAUAACUUAUAAAUACCUAUUAGCAACAUAACUUCUAACAUUGGCGCCCUGCAAAUUGGGAAUCUCGUCUAAGGUGCUGCUUCAAAGGGGGUGGACCCACCCGGUAGUAAGGUCAGUCUCAAGUGAAUGUAUGCCCCAGUGUGCCUGCCAAUCACACAGAGCAGCUCACUGCGGGCAGACCAUGCAAUUGUUCACUGUUUCAGUGCUCUCUGCUUGAUCCCAGUGCCCUUAACGUAGUGCGAGACAUUCUAAUAAUGCGCUUGUGCUCCACUUUUUGGCAACAGUUCCUUGAUGUUUUCAAAAGUGGGACACCAGGGUACAAAAUAGAGAAUUAAAAUCUGGACUGUCCUGCCAAAAUAAGGGCAAUUGGGAUUUUUAUCUAUGUAUUUUUGUCACAUCUAUUUGAUUUUUGCUUUUAUACUAACAUUUCAAACCCUCUGUAAAAUAUUGCAAGGUAAAGGGCACCAUAUACUGUCUAAGGUGUUUCAUUUCCAAAAUAUUUUCCUAAAAGCUAAAUGAAUAAGUGAAAGAUAAGAAUUGUGUACAUUUACAUAAUAUAAAUGGGCACAUUUGUAUGCAAAGCAAUCAAUGCACAAAUUGUUGUGUUAUGAUACGUUUAUUUGCUAGAUAUGCAUCCCUUGCUUCAAAUACGUGUUAGGAUAUUGCUUUUCACCCCAAAACUGCUUGGUAGGGAAGAAGUUGUAACCGCAGCUGGUUCCCUUAUUUACCACUAUAAUGUCUUAAAGCAUAGAACUUAGUAGGGCUAACCAUACAGAUAUCUUAGCCAUAAUUUUAUAUAGUGUAAGAGAUCCUCUAUUUAACAUAUAUAAAUAAUUGAGAAUACAAUAUAAAAUAAGGAUUGUCUUGGAAGCAAUACAGUUUUGUCUUUUAGAUAUUUAUUAUAUAAAAAUAUAAAUAUAGACAUAUAAAAUCCAUUACAGCAGAGUGUAUAAGAUUAAAUGCUUGCAAAUAUCAUUAAUAGGUUAACAUACCCUUCUGAACAUGUCAUCAUGUCAGCCUCUCUGUCAUUUUAAGAUGGAGCAGCGUCUGUCUCCAAGUCUCUCCUCUGUGUAUUAAAAUUUAAAAGUACACCUAUUUAUACCUUAGGUGUCUCCAUUUUAGGGUUACCGUAGUUCAUAUAUGAAAAAGUUACUUUUUUACUUUUUUCAUUUUAGGACCUCCCUUACCUUGGCAAAAAUACAAGGCCAUAACUAAAGGGUGCACACGUCAUGGAAAUUUUCCUGACUUAGAUCAAGAUGGCAUCUUAAAGUCUGAACAUCCUUAUCUACUAAGGUUACCACAGUAUAUUACGCACUGAAAAAGUCGUAGCAUAGCCUUGAAGCUUGUUUAUGUAUUAUUGUUAUUGUAAUUAGUCUGGGACAAAAUGGCGUAAACAUAAUGUGCACUGAGGUUAUUGCUUAAAGAAACAUCUAUGAUAAACAAUAUGUUCCAUUUCUUGUCAGUUUGCAAUAUCUCUUAAAGACAAAGUACACAGUUUAAGAAAUACAGCAUUUCAUUCUAAAACUUGUAAUAUUUGCAUUUGCCCAUAACAAAGUUAAACUCCAAAUGGAACAUUUUGGGGAAAAACUACACAUAUUUGGGCAAGAUUUUGCAAGUCACUUGUUAAGAUUUGGGGGAAGAACAGAACCAAUUUAAAUAGACUUUCAUUGUGACACAAAUAAUUUGACUAAAUAUUCCACUUUAUGUUUUCUGCAAACCGCAGUGAAUAUUCUGACCUCUCUAAAAUGUAUUAUUUUUUUUCUUGAAGAGUUGAAACACACACAGUAACAUAUGUUAUGUUAAAUAACUUUGUGGUAUCAUUAUUAAAGAAGACUCCAAACACAUAAAGUCUUUCAAGUUGCAUCAUAUUCCCCAAACCUUUUAUUGGAGUUGAGACAGAAUAAAUACAGUACACUGCAUGUCGGGGUUACACAACCAAACACCACAUAUAGGCGUUUAAUGGUGAAGUUAUUUAAAAUAAACAAGAAAAAGAACAAUAAUUAAACAAAUCAUUUAGUAGGUCUAUGUAGAAUGUAGCUGGUUCCUGGUAAAGAUAUCAAGAAUUUUCCUAUUAAAAAAAAAAAAGUAGAAAAUAAAAAAACAAAUAGUGGCCAGGUCAAAACAUCUUCAAAGCUGCUCUGUCCACCCCACCAUCGAAAUCAAUUUUUCAGUUGAAAUCGGCUCUUUUAUAAGUGCAUGAUGUAAUGCCUCCACAGCUAUUGAGGCAUUCUUCUGCUUCCAUUAUCUCCCACAGACCUAAUAGAAGUAGCAGGCGUGUAAGGCUAGAGUGAGUCUUUGCCACUACUCAAUGAGUUGUACUACAGCUCAAUGAGAAGCGAUGGGAAACCACGUGUGCACACAAGCUUGCGACUUCAGCAAAGAGAAGUCUCAAUAAGAAACCUCUGAAAAACAAAGUGAGAUGUGUUGUAGAAGUAAAUAAAGUAGACAUUAAAAAAAACACCGGAAAGGUGGUCCAGUGCGACCAUUUUCCUGAGGUGCUUCGAGCAUGAUUUUGCAAUGCAUACAAUCUUGUAUGUUGCUUUUCACAAACAAACAUACCUCAGGUUUGUUUUUGCCUUUGAUCACACCUGUUUCCGAUUUAAGGCGAAAGAGGACACUGAUUCUAAAUGAAUCUGGGAAAUAUCUGUAGACAGGAGGACUGGAGAUUAAUGUGGAAUCGAACAUUCAUGGAAGUUUAUUUCUGUAGCAGCUGUAGAACCAAGGCUGAACACCUCUAAGCCAAAAGAUGGGGAACUGAGGAGCACCUUGUGAAGAAAUGGCUUGUAUCUGGCAAAAGCUCUGAAGAGUGGUGAUAGCCACUUGCCUCAAGACUAAGUUGGUAGACAAAGUAAGCUUUUUCAUAGAGUAACCUUCAACCUCAAGAAUGAUUGCAGACAGCAGUAUGUGCUACACCUGGGAGGUGUUGUGCAAGUGAACCUAGAAGGUUGAAGCUAUGCAGUAUACUUUAGAAAAUUAUUGAACUGGAGCACAGCCAGGAGAUCCUUCACUUUCUGUGAAGGACCAAAUCAUCGCAUCAUCAAAUGGAACUUUUGGUAUUGCAGAUUCUGUAUGUUUAUUGGACUUAAUAUAAUUGAAACAAUACAAACAGCCUUGGAAAUGGUUUUCAUUCAGGCUUUAUAUUACAUUCUUGGACCAAAGACGUGUGUUGUUGAUUUUGCAGUUGGCUGCGUUCAAUAACAUCAUGGUUUUAAAUGUUAUUGUCCUCUGGAGUUCUCUGCUCUAGGAUUUGAACAUGUACCAUAAUACAUUACAUGCUUGAGAAAACUCAUGAGGGCCAUAUUUAUCAUGGUUAAACCUGAGAUGAAAGUGUUACUUUAAGCACAAUCGCCAUGGAAACCAGUAGAAUGUUUCUUGUGAAAAUUUGUAACUUUGUUAAAGGUUGCCUUAUAAUCCAGAAAACGCUAUUUCUUUUGAUCAUAAUCUUUCUAAAUAGCAGCAAUUUUGUCUUUUAAUGGGAGCUCUGGAUGGACAUUAAAUCUUAAAGCUAAGCUGAUUAUUUUAAUCUCUUUCUUAGUUAUGAAAAUAGCAAUAAAUUUACUAUGUGUGGAUUUUACCCCUUUCCAUUGCCUAGGGGACUUUGGUUAAACACCACUAAUGGAAAAUAAAAUAAAUUGUUGAUUUAGUUAAACCUGAUAUUUUAAGUACUAAAAGGUGUUGUGAAAAAGGAGAAAUAAAAAUACAUAAUCAUAAAAAAAUAUUAUUAUUAUUUUUUAAUAUUGUUUCAACUUUUGAUAGAUAAAGAUUGCCAAAUGCUAGUUCCAACACUAGUUAGAUUGUUUUAAUAUUCUGCAUUUCAUAGGGGAUGUAGAACCAAAACUGGUCAUCUCUGAGUCAGGAGAAGCCCACCCCCUCACCCUUUGCUGAUUAUCUAGUGAGCUAUGAGACUUUGUAAGAGUUAUACAUUUGUAGAAACAUUGUAAGAGUUAUACAUUUGUAGAAACAUAUUAAAUUAUACGUAUUGCUCAUUAUCUUUUGUUUAUCCUACAGGUAUUCAGGAAAAUGGUCAGAUCAAACCUACAUCAUUACAUUCCUUACAACGUGUUUUAUAUUCCCUUUGAUGAUCAUUUUUAUAUCUUAUGGAAAACUGAUGAGGAAGCUGAGAAAGGUAAGUGGGAAGGUCUGGGACAAAAUGCUCCUGGGAAAUAUGUUAACUUAGUAAAAAAAAAAUGGAUGUGUUGGAAGGUAUCAACUCUUAAUGUAAAGAGACCGGUCAUCUAGAAAAUGAGGUUCAUUGGAAAUACAAAGGGUUUUCACCAGAAUACAAUGUUCCAACUUCCAAUUGUAUUAUUAGGGCUGUCACUAUGAUUAAUGGUGCACAUACAGCAAUUCUCCUGUAGUCAUCAAACUGCAAUCAUGCCCAAACGGUGCUCUUUGGAAACCAGAUAUGAUCUGAAGAUUUCAACCAUAAUAUUCAGACAACAAACAUGCUCAGAUGAUAAACACAUGUUUCAGACUUCAGCUGUUGUGAUUCAGCUACAUCUGUUAUAUCUCGAAUGCAGCAAGUCAAGCUCUAGACUGCAACUGUGCUUUUUAUUAUGCAACCAGUCUUUUGAGAAUGCUCCCAUGUUUUCGAAACUCCAGCUUUGCUCUUCAGUCUCCAGUACUACCCAACAUUAGGCUACCAAGAGCUACAGUUGCAAGAAAAAGUAUGUAAACCCUUUGGAAUGAUAUGGAUUUCUGCACAAAUUGGUCAUAAAAUGUGAUCCGAUCAUCAUCUAAGUCACAACAAUAGACAAUCACAGUCUGCUUAAACUAAUAACACACAAAGAAUUAAAUGUUGCCAUGUUUUUAUUGAACACACCAUGUAAACAUUCACAGUGCAGGUGGAAAAAGUAUGUGAACCCCUAGACUAAUUACAUCUCCAAGAGCUAAUUGGAGUGAGAUGUCAGCCAACUGGAGUCCAAUCAAUAAAAUGAGAUUGGAGGUGUUGGUUACAGCUGCCCUGCCCUAUAAAAAACACACACCAGUUCUGGGUUUGCUAUUCACAAGAAGCAUUGCCUGAUGUGAAUGAUGCCUCCCACAAAAGAGCUCUCAGAAGACCUAUGAUUAAGAAUUGUUGACUUGCAUAAAGUUGGAAAGGAUUAUAAAAGUAUCGCCUUGCUGUUCAUCGGUCCACAGUAAGACAAAUUGUCUAUAAAUGGAGAAAGCUCAGCACCGCUGCUACUCCCCCUAGGAGUGGCCGUCCUUUAAAGAUGACUGCAAGAGCACAGCGCAGACUGCUCAAUGUGGUGAAGAAGAAUCCUAGAGUGUCAGCUAAAGACUUACAAAAGUCACUGGCAAAUGCUAACAUCCCUGUUAGUGAAUCUACAAUACAUAAAACACUAAACAAGAAUGGAUUUCAUGGGAGGAUACCACAGAGGAAGCCACUGCUGUCCAAACAAAACAUUGCUGCACGUUUACAGUUUGCACAAGAGCACCUGGAUGUUCCACAGCAGUACUGGCAAAAUAUUCUGUGGACAGAUGAAACCAAAGUUGAGUUGUUUGGAAGAAACACUAUGUGUGGCAAAAAAAAGGCACAGCACACCAACACCAAAACCUCAUCCCAACUGUGAAGAAUGGUGGUGGGGGCAUCAUGGUUUGGGGCUGCUUUGCUGCGUCAGGGCCGGGACGGAUUGCUGUCAUUGAAGGAAAAUGAAUUCGCAAGUUUAUCAAGACAUUUUGCAGGAGAACUUAAGGCCAUGGAAUCUACCAGCUGUAGCUCAACAGAAGAUGAGUGUUGCAACAGGACAAUGACCCAAAGCAUAGAAGUAAAUCAACAACAGAAUGACUUAAACAGAAGAAAAUACGCCUUCUGAAGUGGCCCAGUCAGAGUCCUGACCUCAACCUGAUUGAGAUGCUGUGGCAUGACCUCAAGAAAGCGAUUCACAGCAGACAUCCCAAGAAUAUUGCUGAACUGAAACAGUUCUGUAAAGAGGAAUGGUCAAGAAUUACUCCUGACCGUUGUGCACGUCCGAUCUGCAACUACAGGAAACGUUUGGUUGAAGUUAUUGCUGCCAAAGGAGGUUCAACCAGUUAUUAAAUCCAAGGGUUCACAUACUUUUUCCACCUGCACUGUGAAUGUUUACAUGGUGUGUUCAAUAAAAACAUGGCAACAUUUCAUUCUUUGUGUGUUAUUAGUUUAAGCAGACUGUGUUUGUCUAUUGUUGUGACUUAGAUGAUGAUCAGAUCACAUUUUAUGACCAAUUUGUGCAGAAAUCCAUAUCAUUCCAAAGGGUUCACAUACUUUUUCUUGCAACUGUAUUACCUACAGUAAAAGUGUCCAGUUUGCAGAUAUUUUAUCCAAACCAUAUCCAUGCUGUCUGUAUUGCAGUUAUGCUUUCUAGACUGCAACAUUUCUUUCUAGACUAAAGUAACGGUAUGUUCCUAUGGUUAUUUUAAAUAUGGCGGUUAUGCAAAAUACACAAACAUGGUCAUGCUAUCAGUCCUUUUUUACAAGCGUAAUGCCUGUACCACUCAAGUAUCAGUAUUCAGCUUAGCUCAGCUUAAACAUGAUCUUUUUUCCUUGGUCAUGACUUCGUGUAAACCAUCAGAGAGGGAUUGAGAUGAUUUGUUGAAAUAACUGCAGACCACCUCUAAUUCAUGAUAAAAAGUAAUGCAUUUUAUUGAGAAAGCUCUUUAUAAAAGAGGAUCAUUUCACAUAAGAGCACAUCACCCUCUGACAAUUUACAGUCUUUAUCAUGCAAUGUCUGAUAUCCUUUAUCCCAGGUGUCCGACACUUGACAUUCUCUCUGUAACGGAUCACCUGGCACCCCAACUGGGUACCAUCGUUGAAGGAUGCUCCUAGCGCUUCCUGAGGGCUCCAAGCACUCCAGCCGACACCAUAACCACUGUGGACUCCUCCAGAGAGCAGGACAGGAACAAACUCUUACAAGACCUUAGUAGUGAUUUAGCAAGGGAGUAUGACAAGCAUAGCAAUCCCUUGUAGAAGAUUCCCCCUAAAAGAGACAGCACUCCAAAUUGAGGGUGAAGUAGAACUGUCUAAAACUUUAUUUUACUUGGGACUAGCCCAUAUGGUCAUUACAUUCACAUUGCUGUGAAAACUCAAUAAAAUUACAAACAGUCAAAUCAUAGGCAACAUACAGUGACUUAUUAUAACAUAAUUACAUAUUUAUAAAUGGGUGGGGAAGACCAUAAUUAACAAAAAAUGUCUCUCCUGCAUGCAGAAUUAGCGAUAUGCAAAUCUACUCGAAUAUGCAAAUUACCAGUCUUGCUAUUCAGGUAGUGCAUAUUACUGUUUCUACCAACAGAGGGCACUACACAAGCUCCAUAGCCAAAUCCACCUAGUUGGUAGCAAUCCUCAGCAGUACAGGAGAGCAGGCAAUACAUCCCAGGGGCCAUAGUCACAUAGCAGGAGGCUGGCAAUCAGUCUUCCCCAAAGCCCAGUGGCGAGGGUGGUUCCGCCACACUCUCUUAACCCUAUAGCUAAGUAUUGAUCCUUUAAUCAGGGACUUUAGCUUCUGCAGAGAUGACUCCCCUGGGCAAAUCAUUCACUAAACCUUGAAAUAUUAUUUUACGUUCUUAUGAGACUAAACUAAUGCUCUGAUGUUCCAUUCCUUAAUAUUACUCUCUAAUUCCCAGCUAGUUGUAGGGAAACUAAUACUCUAACUUACUGCAAACAGGUAUUUACUUCACAAGCCUAACUAAUGAAUGUUUCUUGAUUAUAUAUAUAUUUCAAUCUUAAAAGUUGCUAUUUGAGUAUUUUCAUACAUAUCUGAUUCAGUGUAUCAUGUUUCCCUUCUUUACUAUAUGUAGAAUUACACCUUUGAAUAAUAAUCACAGCCAUCAGCCCACACAACGCUACGAAGGUGGCUUUCUGAGUCAUAUUUGGUCACUCUUCUUGCCAGUUGUAGUGUGUCAUUUUAAUGUCUCUAAAUAUCUUUAUACAGGGAGUGCAGAAUUAUUAGGCAAAUGAGUAUUUUGACCACAUCAUCCUCUUUAUGCAUGUUGUCUUACUCCAAGCUGUAUAGGCUCGAAAGCCUACUACCAAUUAAGCAUAAUAGGUGAUGUGCAUCUCUGUAAUGAGAAGGGGUGUGGUCUAAUGACAUCAACACCCUAUAUCAGGUGUGCAUAAUUAUUAGGCAACUUCCUUUCCUUUGGCAAAAUGGGUCAAAAGAAGGACUUGACAGGCUCAGAAAAGUCAAAAAUAGUGAGAUAUCUUGCAGAGAGAUGCAGCACUCUUAAAAUUGCAAAGCUUCUGAAGCGUGAUCAUCGAACAAUCAAGCGUUUCAUUCAAAAUAGUCAACAGGGUCGCAAGAAGCGUGUGGAAAAACCAAAGUGCAAAAUAACUGCCCAUGAACUGAGAAAAUUCAAGCGUGCAGCUGCCACGAUGCCACUUGCCACCAGUUGGGCCAUAUUUCAGAGCUGCAACAUCACUGGAGUGCCCAAAAGCACAAGGUGUGCAAUACUCAGAGACAUGGCCAAGGUAAGAAAGGCUGAAAGACGACCACCACUGAACAAGACACACAAGCUGAAACGUCAAGACUGGGCCAAGAAAUAUCUCAAGACUGAUUUUUCUAAGGUUUUAUGGACUGAUGAAAUGAGAGUGAGUCUUGAUGGGCCAGAUGGAUGGGCCCGUGGCUGGAUUGGUAAAGGGCAGAGAGCUCCAGUCCGACUCAGACGCCAGCAAGGUGGAGGUGGAGUACUGGUUUGGGCUGGUAUCAUCAAAGAUGAGCUUGUGGGGCCUUUUCGGGUUGAGGAUGGAGUCAAGCUCAACUCCCAGUCCUACUGCCAGUUCCUGGAAGACACCUUCUUCAAGCAGUGGUACAGGAAGAAGUCUGCAUCCUUCAAGAAAAACAUGAUUUUCAUGCAGGACAAUGCUCCAUCACACGCGUCCAAGUACUCCACAGUGUGGCUGGCAAGAAAGGGUAUAAAAGGAGGAAAUCUAAUGACAUGGCCUCCUUGUUCACCUGAUCUGAACCCCAUUGAGAACCUGUGGUCCAUCAUCAAAUGUGAGAUUUACAAGGAGGGAAAACAGUACACCUCUCUGAACAGUGUCUGGGAGGCUGUGGUUGCUGCUGCACGCAAUGUUGAUGGUGAACAGAUCAAAACACUGACAGAAUCCAUGGAUGGCAGGCUUUUGAGUGUCCUUGCAAAGAAAGGUGGCUAUAUUGGUCACUGAUUUGUUUUUGUUUUGUUUUUGAAUGUCAGAAAUGUAUAUUUGUGAAUGUUGAGAUGUUAUAUUGGUUUCACUGGUAAUAAUAAAUAAUUGAAAUGGGUAUAUAUUUGUUUUUGUUAAGUUGCCUAAUAAUUAUGCACAGUAAUAGUCACCUGCACACACAGAUAUCCCCCUAACAUAGCUAAAACUAAAAACAAACUAAAAACUACUUCCAAAAAUAUUCAGCUUUGAUAUUAAUGAGUUUUUUGGGUUCAUUGAGAACAUGGUUGUUGUUCAAUAAUAAAAUUAAUCCUCAAAAAUACAACUUGCCUAAUAAUUCUGCACUCCCUGUAAUUGUAAGACUUUUCCUGAUCUGUUCACUGGUGUCCUUGAUUUAUGCUGAGGGAAUUGUAGGAAAAGCUAGCGGACUUUACUAGACAAAUUAGGGGUUGGAUCUCGGAAAGACAAAUGUUUAUUUAUCAGUUCUUAUAUCACUCUUAUCCAGAGUGCUUUACAAUUUAUACAAAAAUAUAAUUGAUAUUGAUACAGAUAGGGGAUGUGGGGAGAAAAUACAAUUGUGAAGUAACUGAAAUGUAUCCAUGAUUGUGCCAAUAUAAGGAGUACUGCUGGACAACCAGUAUAUUGUACACAGUGAGUGCGAUGAAGAUAGAAUGUAGAAGCAAUGCCUUUCAAUCACUAUGCAUGUUAUCAGUCCUUAGAAUGGCAGUGGUUAAUUAUUAAUGGGCAUAAGUACCAUCAAAGAAGCAAGAUUAGAAUAACAGCAACAGACCGAGGUCAGAAUGCCAGAGAAUAGAGUAAGUAGUAUAACAAAUCCAGAGGUCAGGGUGGGCAGAGGGUAAACAUGCUCGGGUAACAAGCUGGGUCAGGAACAAAGAAAUCAAGAUAAAACUAGAUGGAGAAAGCUCAAGAACAACAUUAAGAGGCCACUAAGGAGGCCACAUCUGGUGCUGAGAGAUGGGAGGGCUGUGGCUGCCAACUGGACAUAGUCUAUCUCGGGGUAUCUCCAAUUGGCAUCUGUGGAAGACUUGGGAGGGCUAAUGCCAAAAACAUUCGACAGGUAUUGUGUCAGUGUUCUAAAAUGAUAUGCCCUUCAUCUGUGUGUCAUUUAUAGGGCUUGUAUCCUGGCAUCUGACAUUCUUGAGGGGCAUUAAUGAAAUUCAGUGCAGCUUGAACUCCUAACAAAGACUUACCAUCAUGGUGUUGUAGGUUCCAGACCCCCCUCUACACCCCACACACACACUUUUUUGUCUAAAUCUCUCACUAAGCACCAACUUGGCUCUUCCAUAAAUGACAUCACUGUAAAACAUGCCCUCUCGAAAUCCAGAAUUGGACAAUCGAGCAUUAUGGGAGCUGGUGGCCAAGAUUAUAGCAAGCCAGGUACUUUUGUAACUUUGUAACUGGAGGGUAAGAGAAUAUUUAUUAUUUGCAUGUACAAAAUGUAUUUUACAAAACAAUGAUCUGAUAGCUAAAGUCAUUCAAAGUAUAUUCACUGUCAAUGUUACAGUUGUCAUUUCUCUGCAGGUAUCUGAUACCCAAGGAAGACUGGGAUCUACCAGGAAGCCUGAGAAGGAAGUCACUCGAAUGGUCAUUAUCAUGAUUAUUGCCUUUCUCAUCUGCUGGUCGCCCUAUGCUGCUUUCUCCAUACUUGUGACUGCACGGCCUACUAUUGACCUGGACCCUCGCCUGUCAGCUAUACCAGCAUUUUUUGCAAAAACAGCAUCUAUGUACAAUCCUGUAAUUUAUGUUUUUAUGAACAAACAGGUACAGUAUGUGUUCUCACUUACUGUAUUAUAGUCUGGGCUCUAAAGGUAACUGAUUUUAACCUUACAAGCUACAGAUAAGUGCAUCACAGUGCAAAACAAGACUUGAGGAUAUUCCACUGACAUGGAAUGUGCAAAUAUGUAAACAGUACAUAUUCAUGUGUAGAUAACAAUUAAUGUACUGUAGGUAGAUAAUGCAGAGCUACAUUACUUAUUGGGUGCAGAGACUUGUGUGUGUGUGUCUGGCACUCAGUUGGUUAAUUAACUCUUUUUUUAUUAAAUUAUGGGACUCGAAGAGUAAUAUAUUGUGGACACCUGCACCAUUAAAUCUCUAAUAGGGCAGAUUUGCCCUUUGACACUGCUGAGAGUUUUGCAAGCCUUUGUAACCCAUACAAUUCAUCACUGUACAUCCCUCAGACACCUUGUCACCUCUGGCACUCUGAAGGUUAAUGUGUUCGGAGAUGUAGAAGUUAAUAACUUGCCUCUUUGGAUCUCAGAUGGCAAUAUUCACCAUUAAAUUACUUAUAUAUGCUCUCCCCUUCGACCCUGUGAGGGUACAUUUAUUUAAUGAAAAUUUCCCAUUCCUCGUCCUUACUGUAAUGACUACACAGCGUUGUAAUUGUUCUUCGGACGCGCAGAGAUUUCCUUUUUGAAUAUAGUAUUAUUUAGUGGCUGGUUAAUUUGGUUAAUCUGUGCUAUGUGUUCUUUGUGGCACUUAAAAAAUAUAGGAAAAAUAUAGAUAUAUAAUUGUUAAUCAUCACUCCAGCACUUGACGCAUUCAUUUCUUGCAUGCAUUGAAUAUUGAUUAGAAAUUAUGGGAGAUGCAGUCCACAACAUCUGGAGUGCCGAAGGUAAAUCUAGUAAGCAUAACUUUUUCUAAAUUAGUAUCAAUAAGGUAAGAUACAUUUUCAGCUGAAGUAUUUAUGAACACAUUGUUUUUUGCCUUUUGUAGUUCAGGAGGUGUCUUCUUCAGAUGUUCCAUUGCAAUUCCAAAGAAUCUAAGGAAUCCAAUAAUAACCCGACUUCAGAAAGAGUAGGAAUAAGCCGCGGCCAUCAAGGAGGCGAAAUGCUGGCGAUUGCAGCGCACAUAACUUCUAACACUAGCAAUCGGAAGAGUGAAGAGGAACAGAGCAGCUGCAAUUCAUUCGCUCAGUUGCCAAUAUCUGACAACAAAGUCUGCCCAAUGUAG